UCGCCACAUAUCUCUAUUUUUGAGGUUAUGCACGAGGGUCGGUUUUUCUUAUUAUAAACUGUAGAAUAUGAAAAUAAAUAAUAUUGGUUUUGAAAAUGGUACCAUUCAAAUAUUUUGUUAUAGACCACUUCAAACGGAGUAAUUCAUUGAUAUCACCGUUAUUUAGACAAUUAUAUCCCACAAUGAGAUUUACUCAAAUCAUAAGUAAAAAAUGUAGUAACAAACGUUCGUCCAAGUCUGUGUCUGUAUUAUAUCAUCCUGUUCCUGUUAAAACAAAUCCAAAUGAUAAAAAUAUUGGUAUUGAAUUAACUGGCACUUUAAAUAAAUCUGAGAUUAUCAAAUUUUUAAAUAUUUUUGAACAAAAGAAGUCCGUGAUGGACCUAGCUUUAAAAUAUGGAUUGGACAAUGAUCUCUUACGUACAGCGAUGGCCAGUUUUCGAAAAUAUUGCUUAGAAAUCGAUUCGCUACCUGUUGAUCUUCAUGUUAUUUUAAAUGAUGUCAUUCAGGAAGCUGCGAAUGUUUCAGAUAUAUUUCCUUACUUUUUACGUUAUACCAAAGAAAUGUACCCACAUAUUGAUUGCUUGGACGAUCUUAAACAAAUUAGUGAUCUCAGACAUCCACCUAAUUGGUAUACUGCAACAAGAGCAAAAACCAGAAAAAUUGUAUAUCAUGCUGGUCCUACGAAUAGUGGUAAAACUUAUCAAGCUUUAAAAAGCUUCAUGGCGGCAAAAACUGGUGUUUAUUGUGGGCCGUUAAAAUUAUUAGCUGUUGAAGUAUUUAACAGGACUAAUGCAUUGGGGACACCCUGUGAUUUAAUAACAGGAGAAGAAAGAAGCUACGCCAAAAGUGAAAUGUCUCCUGCAAAUCAUGUGGCCUGUUCUGUAGAAAUGGUAAAUAUAGAUAAUGUUUACGAAGUAGCGGUAAUAGAUGAAAUUCAAUUAGUACGUGACCCAUCUAGAGGAUGGGCAUGGACAAGAGCUCUUCUUGGCAUUAUUGCGGAUGAAAUACAUUUAUGUGGUGAAGCUGCUGCUAUACCUAUAGUAAAAUCUAUAUGUUCAACAACAAGAGAAAAAGUAGAAGUAUUGGAGUACAAACGACUGACGUCUCUUGUUGUACAACACAAAGCACUUUGUGCUUUAGACAAUGUUGAGCCAGGAGAUUGCAUAGUUUGUUUUAAUAAAAAUGAUAUAUUCACUGUGUCGCAAGCUAUCGAAACCAUGAGAAAACAGGUAGCAGUAAUAUAUGGUAGUUUACCGCCAGGUACAAAACUUGCACAAGCUGCCAGAUUCAACGAUGUGAAUGAUCCCUGUAAGAUAUUAGUAGCUACCAAUGCAAUAGGAAUGGGUCUUAAUUUACACAUUCGUAGAGUUAUAUUUUAUUCUCUUUCUCAACCAUCUUUAAAUGAAAAAGGAGAAAAAGAAAUUGACACGAUUUCUGUAUCCACCGCGCUACAAAUAGCGGGGCGUGCAGGUCGUUACGGGACACAAUGGCCAACAGGUUAUGUUACGACUUUUAGGCCUGAAGAUCUUAAUCUGUUACAAAAGUUAUUAAAGGAAAACCCAGAAACAAUAAAACAGGCUGGACUUCAUCCGACUGCCGAGCAAAUCGAGUUAUAUGCUUAUUAUCUGCCGAAUACACCGCUAUCAAAUCUUAUUAAUAUUUUUGUUGCGCUAUCCCAAGUCGACGACUCUCUUUAUUUCAUUUGCAAUUUGAAUGAUUUUAAAUUUCUUGCUGACAUGAUACAACAUAUACCGCUACCUCUUCGUAUGCGAUACGUGUUUUGUUGCGCACCCAUCAAUAAAAAAAUACCGUUUGUGUGCAGCAUGUUCUUAAAGUAUGCACGACAAUGUAGUAGAAACGAAAAAAUAACUGUUAUUUGGUUGAAUAAACAAAUUAAUUGGCCUCCUAAAUCACCAACAACUAUUGCCGAUUUGGUACAUUUGGAAGCAGUAUUUGAUAUUCUGGAUAUUUAUCUUUGGUUAAGUUAUCGGUUUCUGGAUUUAUUUCCCGACGGCAAUGCAGUUAGAGAUAUACAAAAAGAUUUAGACAGAAAAAUCGAAAAAGGAAUUCAAAGAUUGAAAAUAUUGUUCCAGAAAACUCGAACAGAUGAACAGAUCUUUGCAAAUGGAACAAAUACAAGUGAAAUGUAUGUUAAACAGAAAGAUUCCGCUUUACCGAAAUUGAAAGGAAAAUUAACAAAGUCUUUAAUGUCCCAAGGUCGUUUAUCGCCAAAACUGUUACAACAGUUAGAAUUAGAGUGGUCUGAGAAAAACCAGAAACUGAGGGAGAAGAAUUACUUUUCAAAUAAUUUUAGCAAAGAAAAUGAUUCUGCAAUAAAACCUAGAAGACGUUAGUAAAACUCUUUGGUGUUGUAA